GGGAAACUCUUGGGCCGACACGGUGUACAAGGCCAGCCCCGAGUGAGCGAGAAAGGUGUUGCGCUGCAUGCGACCCGACUUUCACCCUCUGAAUGCCUUUUUGUCUUGCUUCUCCCCCCUUUUGUCAGAGCACGCAAACUCACGCUGCCCAAGCAGCCGCUCGAGGAUCUCCAAAACGCCAUACAGGGCAUAGGCUACGCAGGAUCUCUAGCAGAGAACCGCGGCUACACUUUCCAACCAGACGAUGCCGAUCUCGCCUUUACCGGCAACUGGACUUUUCUCGUCUACCAGCAAUUCCAUCACGUGCUCACCGAGAGCUUGUUCGUGGAGCGCGCAAACAAGCUCGAGGUGCAGAGCCAAAUCGUCGGUGGUGUGACGCAGAUCCGAUCUGCUUGGAAAGAUGCUUGGCCCAAGCUCUUUGGUCGACUCUCCGACAAGUGGGAAAGCAAAAUCGAAGUGGGGCACAACGUUGAGCAGUUCGAUCAGUGGUUCGCUGACAUCCUCAAGGCGUAUUCCAAAUGAACGAUCAGGGCGAUGCGAGCGAUCAGUCUCACCACG